AACUCCACCAGUGUUAAGAAAUAAUUUUUAAACCGGACUUCCCGCAUUUGGUGAGGAGACCUGGUUGUCAUGGUAACGCUUAUGCUACCCGGUAGUUUGUUUAGCUAGUAGCACAGCGGUGCUAGCUUACUUCAUUUAACUACCUGGAGAGUUUAUAACUUUAAUAAAACUAUGUCCAGAAAGAAAGCAAAAGAAAAGGCGAAUGUUGAGGAGGAAGCCUCGAAAAAUACAGCACAAAUUCCAAAUGAACCUGUGACUGCCCAGACCUUUGAUGAAUAUCAGUGCAUAGGCAAUUUGGAGAUGGAUUUUGCAAGGCUUUGUGCUCUUUUGGAAGUGAGGCAUAUACCAGCUGUCCGCAACAAGCAGCCCACCUCCACCACCACCGAAACUGAAGGCGAGGACACAGACAACACUGAGGUCAGUCAGUCCCAGGUGAAUACUUCACCUCACUGGUCAAAGCCAUGUCUCCAAGUGGAGUUAGAAAGUGAUGACCCUCUCAGUGCCAAGAGCCUAAACAUUUCUGGAUGGAAAAUAGAUGAGCAGAUUUUUCGAGUACUGGAGAAGAUGCUUCCCAGCAUGAGUAGGCUUCAGAGUCUGCAUUUUUGGCAAGCUAGGCUGACAGAUCAAAUGGUGGGGUCCCUGGUGAACACAGUAUCUUUGUGCUCCAGCCUUAGGGUUGUGUUGUUGGAAGGGAACCCUCUUCCAAAGCAGAGCUACCACCUACUUCUCUGUGAAGACAGUAUCGUCACUCACUUGUCCCUGAGAAAUAACCGGAUAGGGGAUGAUGGUGCACAUCUAAUCGGAUCCGCCCUAUCCACGACUCGAUCUGCUAACAGGAACCUCCUGUCACUCAACCUGGCAUUCAAUUCUAUCGGCGAUGCAGGCGCUGCAUAUAUUGCACAGGGCCUGAGGUUGAAUCGUGCUUUACUCUUUCUAUCAUUAUCCAACAAUCACAUUGGAGACUCGGGAGCUGCUCAUUUGGCAACGAUACUGGGUGAAUUUACUUUGACUCAUGAAGAAAUUGUGGAGAGAAGGAAGCUGCUUCUGGAGAGGCGGGAGUCUCAGCCCUCUCCUGGAGCUGAUACUGACCCAUCAUCUCCUGAUACAUUACCUUCUGUACCAAGCAGCACUUCACUGAACACCAGUAAAAUGGAAAAGAAAAGCAACAAAAACAAGAAGGAGUCAUCUAAAAAAGAUGAAAAAGUGGCUGGCAACAAAGACAUUCCUCACAAGUCAAACAAAAAAGCCCCUGAUACUAAGGUGUCUACAAGUAAAGGUGGCAAAUUAGGAAACAAAAAGAAACAAACAUCUGGGGAUACACAAGAGGAUAAGUGUGACACUUCACCAAAUGAGGUGGAGUCGGUGGAGAUUGUGAACCCCCUGCUGGACCAGUCUGUGCAGUGCAGGGAUGGACAGCUCAUCCUGCCUGGAAACACAACGCUCAUCUCCCUCAGUCUGGCAGGAAACAGAAUAACAGAGAAGUCGCUGCCUCGGUUGCUGUCGUCACUGCAGCUCCAGACGGAGGGAGGAGGUCUGCUACGUCUCUGUUUACAGAGAAACAACUUCUCUCAAGAGUGUGAAGCAUACGUGAAGAUAAAGGAACUGAUGAAACUCAGAGACCCACUCAACAAAAAUAAACAUGAAGAGACAGAACAGGAGGAUCAGAAGACGUAGUAAUAGAAAACAGAUUCAGUUUCACAGGCAUA